AUGGUUUACAUUUAUACCUUACUUCUUCUGAGUUUGACUUGGUCUGCCCUUGGGGCGACCACUCAGAAUGACCGCCGUGGAGUCGACGGCCUCUCCAGGACCAGAGUCCCUAGCCAAGGCUCGGCGAUCAUGGGUUUACAUAGGCGCGAGGAUGAGAAACCAAGUAGCGCUGCGAUCAAGAAGCUUGAAGAAGAUCGAAGAGCCAUCUCGCCGGAGCUUGACCAAGCCUGGGAGAAAAUGAGAACUGCGAUUCAGGCUGCUGAGGAUGCUAUUUCUGAUCAGCACAAGGAAAUUGAAGAGCGGGCCAUGAAGGCACUAGAAGCCGCUUUUCUGGCGUCUGAUGACUCUAUACCCAAGGAGAUCAAACAGGAGCAGGACGAUGCUGUUAGGAACUUCGAGGCCACGAGAGACGGUCUCCCCGAGGAGACAAAGUCCAAGCUGGAAGAGAACCGUCUAGCUUUAGAGGAGGCUUGGGAAAGAGAGUACGCCUCUGAGUCGGAUGCCGACUCCCCCUCUGCGUCUUCUGUUGCCCCCGGCUCUACGGCUUCUGUAACGUCGGAGUUCUAA